AUGGUAAAGGAAACUCCAUGUCAAGGUCGGGAGAUUCCCAAUAUUUCGGAGGACACAAUUGGUGACCCCCUAAGGCCAGUUCCUCUUGAUUCCCUUCUGGAGGUGGUGAAAAGUAAGUUCCCUUUGCCUGUCCUUAUUGAAAUAACAUUGACAUGGCCUUACUUUUACUACGGAAGCGGCACAACAGCUCUGAAAUGUGAUGGCUUAGAUUACAUGCAAAUCAAGGCGUCUAUGGGAAAGGAGGACAAUAAGCACAUCAAGGGUCUACUAGGAAUGGUCAAGGGCGAAGGGCUUAAGUUGGCUAAAUCUUGA